CUUGUCAAGUGAAUUUUUGCGAUUCACCGGUUAAAAAAGAUUCUAUUAUUCUAUUUAAAAACACCACCUGAUGUCACUCAAGAACAGAGAUUUUUAAUAUCUUGUAACUCGAAGAUGGGAUAACAUGCAACGGUGUGAACAACUUCUUUCUUGAAGUUGAGAGAUCAUAUGAGUGGGAUUGAUGAGGAUGACCCAGAUUUCAUCGCUAUUUCCUUUGCUGACAACCAAAAUUGCGACAGCAUGCGAAGGAAAAAAUUGAUUCCGUCGCUCCAGCAGUCCAUCAAGACACGGGUACAUAGAGUCGGAACUUUAAGAGGGCUGCCACGACUGUUUCUAUUACGACGAGCAUUUUGCUUCUGCUGGGGUGUGAUAAUAUCGCUGUUUAUCUACCUCAAGUGGUAUUAUCCACUGUAUCUGACAAGUAAUGUCAGCAGAAACACUUUGGAAGACUUUGGCAGGGACUGGUGUCGAAUGCGCAAUGCUCGGAUAGAUUGGGGACUACUGCGAGAACCUUGCAUUGGAAAUACGAUCUACGAAAAGAAUUUACCCGGAUGGGAUAUGGAAAACCGAACUAAUGGGCGGAUGAGUUUUGUUUCAUCGACGGAUAUUCGACCUGCUGGACAGUUUAGCAGGAUUAUCAUUCAGUCCCAGACUGUUGAGGCCCUUCCGAAAUCGGUCGGUGGGGACUACUGGCGAGUCUUUAUCUCGGGUCCUACUGGGUUUGCGCCCACGGUAACUGACCUUGGUAACGGAGAAUACGAGAUUCUGUUUUUGAUCUUAUAUCCGGGGAAUUAUUGCUUGUCAGCAGUGCUGGAUCAUUCUAUAUGUGACGGAAUGAAAGACCCUCCAGAUUAUUGGUUUAUUUCAGGGAACAGUCACGGGAGCAACCAGCCACAGGGAAUUCUGAACGGAAAGCAAGUUUACCUAAUGCAGCCGCUUUCUGGAGGCAAGGAGUGCUGUUUUGACGUGCCUCCGAGCAACGGGCCAAUGAGAAGAGAUGAAUUUUUGAGUUACGGGCUUGGAUACCCGUCCUACUGUGGAACAAAUUGUAAAUUUCUUUCGGAUGGCUUCGGCUACUGGAGCAAUAGGACCUGGGUACCACACGCUCCCGAGAGAUUAUUCAAGAAUUCUCCACGCAAGAGAAAGGGAACUCUGUGGAUUUAUGGGGAUUCAUUAGCUUUGCGGUUUUACGAUUCCAUUUACUACACGCCGCUCUGCACGGAAAUCUUCAAAGUCUGUAAUGUGACGUACACUUGGGUGUACAACAUGAUCGAACCAGUGGAAGUUGAAAAGUAUAAAAGGAAAUAUCGAGAUUUCGAUCCUUCCCGGGUGCUACAAGAAAUUCGAAACGUCAUAUAUCUCCCUGAAAUGGACGAAAACAGUGUGAUCAUUUUAAACUGUGGAUUGCAUUACGUAUCGGCGUUAAAAUUUGCAAUUUAUCGGAAGCUCAUUGAUGCAAUUAUUGACAUGUUUAAAGAGACAUGGGAGAAUGAAGAGGGCGUCGUUGAAAGGAAAUUCAAGGGAAAACUAAUUUGGAAAACGACGACGGCCAUUCACAGGGAGAGAUUUUUGUAUCAUGACCAUCCGAGCCCGCGGUUCUUAACUCUUCAG